AUGUACCUCAUCUCGCCACCCCUUCCACGCGGAGUCUCCGCAGUCCAAUUCAACAUCACGAGCCACGACCAAGGAUGGUGCAGCGAUAGAAGCCAGGGCAUCUGGUCAUGGUUCGAUGUAUCCAUCUUGGGCUGCUCUGAGCGAGGUGGUGGUGAAGACUAUCCUUCUUCCUUUUUUUCUGACUUGUCGAAUCCUUCAUAUCUCAAGUCUAGACCCGAAGAUUUCCGCCAAGUUCUGCAGGACCGGGGGUUGCGUUUCAAGCAUAUCCCCAAACAAGACCCAGAUGCAGAUCCAGCCAAGCCGAGGAGUAUUGUGAAGCGGGUAGCUUCGAAUAAGAUCCAGAGGUCCUGGCAACAGCAUGUUAUAUUUUGGAGAUUGGAAGAUGGUGGUGAGGAAGCUGGGUUCCUGUCUCGUCUUGAAGAAGGGGAUCGGUUGGUCGUUUGGGCUCGCACACAGUUUUCUGGAUGGAUUAACUGUGUGAAAAGUGUGGAGAUAAAGGUCUCGGUUGAUGAGACGACUCUUAAUACCCUUCCUGCAAGCGGUGGUGAUUCUGAAACGCGUCAAGGGGACACAUUCAAUGGUGGUUUGUGA